UUAAAGAAAUUUCUUUGUUAAUGAUAGCCAAGUGGUUAUUGAAAAAAUACAAAUGUCUGUAUUAUCAGACUCAAUAAAGCAAGCGUCCAUAUUACAAACUACAUCACCCAUUUCAAUGGCAGUACAAGAUGAAGAUAAUAUAGUAAGUAAUAAAAAGAAACAAGAAAAAAAUGAUGGGAGUGAUGGUAUCUCAAAUACACAAAGGGUAUGGACAAGUUUGGUAUCAGGUGCCAUUGCAGGAGCAUUGGCAAAAACAACAAUAGCACCUUUAGAUCGUACAAAAAUAAACUUCCAAAUUUCAAAACAGCCAUAUUCAGCAAAAGCAGCAGUUAAAUUUUUAAUACAAACUCUUAGAACAGAAGGUUUAUUAAGCUUAUGGCGUGGGAAUAGUGCAACUAUGGUUAGAAUUGUUCCAUAUUCUGCUGUUCAAUUCACGGCUCAUGAACAAUGGAAAAGAAUUUUGGGAGUAAAUGGGUCAGAAAGAAAAAAGCCUGGGUUGAAUUUUCUUGCUGGUGCAUUGAAAAAAACAUCUCAAGGUACAACUUAUCCCCUGGAUUUGAUGAGAGCAAGAAUGGCUGUAACUCAGAAAACUGAGUACAAAACAUUGCGACAGAUUUUUGUGCGCAUUUACAUGGAAGAAGGAAUAUUGGCCUAUUACCGUGGAUUCACCGCAACGUUACUCGGUGUCAUUCCUUAUGCUGGCUGCAGUUUCUUCACAUACGAUCUACUCAAGAAUUUAUUAAGUGUGUACGCGGUGACUAUUCCUGGGUUCUCGACAUCACUGAUUUGUGGCGCCAUUGCUGGAAUGAUUGCCCAGACUAGCAGCUAUCCUUUGGACAUCGUUCGGAGGAGAAUGCAGACCUCGGCAGUCAAGGGUCAGCACUAUCACACGAUUGGCUCAACCAUAAUGAAAGUUUACAAAGAAGAAGGUAUAAUGGCCUUCUACAAAGGAUUGAGCAUGAACUGGGUGAAAGGCCCAAUUGCUGUAGGAAUUAGUUUCGCAACACACGAUACAAUCCGUGAUACGUUAAGGAAAAUAAUUAGUCAAAAUACCUCGACAAAAAUAUAAAAAGAAAAUGUUAUAUACAGUUAGAAAAAUUAAACGAAAAUGGCUACUAAGUCCAUUAAUAU